AUGAAUAGAGGGCACAGCAGCAGCUCCAAGCUCAUCAACGAGAAGCUCGAGGAACACCGGAUCUCCACCGCGAAGCACUGCCCCCACUGCGGCGAGAAAAUCGACAGCAAACCGGAUUGGGUGGGGCUGCCGGCAGGCGUCAAGUUCGAUCCAACUGACCAGGAGCUGAUCGAGCACCUCGAGGCGAAAGUGAAGGAUGAAGGCUCGAGAUCUCACCCUCUCAUCGACGAGUUCAUACCCACGAUAGAUGGGGAGGACGGCAUAUGUUACACCCACCCCGAGAAACUUCCAGGUGUGACGAGGGAUGGCCUAAGCAAGCACUUCUUCCACCGGCCGUCCAAGGCCUACACGACGGGCACGAGGAAGAGGAGGAAGAUACAGACGGAGUGCGAUGUCCAUAAGGGCGAGACGAGGUGGCACAAGACUGGAAAGACGCGGCCGGUGAUGGUGAACGGCCGGCAGAAGGGGUGCAAGAAGAUAUUGGUACUGUACACUAACUUCGGCAAGCACCGCAAGCCGGAGAAGACGAACUGGGUCAUGCACCAGUACCACCUCGGCGACCUAGAAGAGGAGAAGGAGGGGGAGCUGGUGGUGUGCAAGAUCUUCUACCAGACACAACCCAGGCAGUGCAGCUGGUCCUCCGACCGGGGCGCCGCUGCCACUGCCAUGGCAGCAACGACGACGGCGGCGCAGGAGCAGCAUAGGAGGGAUAGUGGCAGUGGCAGCUGCUCGUCUAGGGACCACGAGGUGUCAGCAACAUCGUUCCCGGCCGGAUACACAGUCACCACGGCCGUCGAGAUGCAGCAGCAUAUGAAGCAGCCUGCGGACCAUUUCAGCUUCGCGCCUUUCAGGAAAACCUUCGAUCAGGAGGUUGGUAUAGGUGGUGAUCAGGUGCCAUCUAAUCAGCUUGGACGAUCAGAACCGCAUCAUGCCGGCCAGGGGCAGCAGCCACACGGCCCGGUGCUCGCGACGACGACUGCCGUGCCUGCUACAGCUUUCCUGAUCAGUAGGCCAUCGAACCCCGUCUCGACUAUAGCGCCACCUGCAAUGCAGCACGCAUCAGUUGUUCUCGAUCAUGAUCAGUUCCAUGUGCCAGCAAUCCUUCUCCAUCACCAUGACAAAUUUCAGCCUCAGCACCAACAGCAACAGCCACAACAAAAGCUUGACCGCAGGUCUGCCGGCUUGGAAGAACUGAUAAUGGGCUGCACGAAACUUCAAUUGCUCACCCCCAAGAGACAGAAUGGCCUUACUCGUACUGGCCACCUGACAACCAAGAUCAUCAUGGAUAGUAGCAACAGACUGCGUUGCUUUCUUGGAGAAUGUACACCUACCAUAGUGGGGAAAGAACAGAGAAGAAACAGAUCUCUGUAG